UCAUGGUUAUGUUUUGAGCACUGUAUAGGCCUAAAGCAGAAACAUAUUUUAAUCGCAAGUUUUCAUCAUACUGACACUUUGGAUUUUCUCCCAGAGUGCGCUCAUUCAGGGUGUUUGGGGUGAGUAAUUUUAGUUUUUUUUUUUAUUUUACUAUCCAUCCAUAAAAAUGCAGUUCAAUAACUAUGUCCAACAACUAUGUUUUUAACUGUAUUAAUGGACUUUUUUUCCUCUAUAGAACAAAACCAAACUUGUAUCAAUUGAGGAAAUUGUGGAGUCAGUUGAAUUCCUGACAAAAAAUGUCAUCAAAUUUGAUGAUAAUGUGACACGAAAAGACGGCUUUUGGGGACAGGUGUGCAGUGCACAUACCAUUCCUAACACCAAAAACAAUCGCUAUAGACUUCUUAGAGCAUUUCGUAAGCACCAGCCAGAUUCGUCCCCAUCUCCAGUGCCAUCCGAGGACAGUGGAAGUGCCGCUGGAGAUGAAAGACGCAAGUCUUCUGAACCACACCAGCCAGAUUCGUCCCCAUCUCCAGUGCCAUCCGAGGACAGUGGAAGUGCUGCUGGAGAUGAAAGACGCAAGUCUUCUGAACCACAGCAGCCAGAUUCGUCCCCAUAUACAGUGCCAUCUGAGGACAGUGGAAGUGCUGCUGGAGAUGAAAGACGCAAGUCUUCUGAACCACAGCAGCCAGAUUCGUCCCCAUAUACAGUGCCAUCCGAGGACAGUGGAAGUGCUGCUGGAGAUGAAAGACGCAAGUCUUCUGAACCACAGCAGCCAGAUUCGUCCCCAUAUACAGUGCCAUCCGAGGACAGUGGAAGUGCUGCUGGAGAUGAAAGACGCAAGUCUUCUGAACCACACCAGCCAGAUUCGUCCCCAUAUACAGUGCCAUCCGAGGACAGUGGAAGUGCUGCUGGAGAUGAAAGACGCAAGUCUUCUGAACCACACCAGCCAGAUUCGUCCCCAUCUCCAGUGCCAUCCGAGGACAGUGGAAGUGCUGCUGGAGAUGAAAGACGCAAGUCUUCUGAACCACACCAGCCAGAUUCGUCCCCAUAUACAGUGCCAUCCGAGGACAGUGGAAGUGCUGCUGGAGAGGAAAGAUGUGAGUCUCCAGUCCAAGGCUUCAUGAUUAGUGAAUCAGAUGAAGACGGGUUUGUCAAAAUCUGUGUGCCUAAGAACCCCUCCUUCUUUUUCAUUGACAAGAGUGAGUGGGAUAACCUGAUAAAGAAGAGGAAAAAAAGAGGCUUUGCAGGACUUCAAUGGACC